CACCUAUUUAGCCUUCCACCCAUUCCCAAUUCGCAAGUCGUGCUUAUGUGUUGCCAUUGUUUUACACCCCUAAUCUAAGCUUGACUCUCCAUCUUCAGGAACACGGGCUACAAAUCCGGGGAUGCCGAUCCACUAGCGGAUAUUUCGUGGCGUCAGCCGCCGUCAGCCACGCUCAGACACUAGACUCGAGAUCUACCGACGACAUGACCACAAGUCGACUUCUACCAGCGGUCGCAAACACGGCAAACCUGCAGCAGUUGCAGAUCAUUGCGAAAGGAAGGUGAAGAUGAGGGGAAGUUGGGAAGUUUAAAUUGAUGACAUUGAAGAUCAAUUCCUAACCCGCGAUAUUGAGCCCGCGAGGCCCUCAUACUUGAAACGCUGUCGGCUGAAUCCCAAGUCAACGUAGUUAUCAUACGAUUAUAAAAGAAGGCUUAUAACCCCCAACUAACCUUCCCCCAUCAGUCCAUUAUCUCAAAACACAGACAGCAACUACUCAAACCCACAAUCCCAACAAAUCAAUCCACCACCCAUCAUGCACCCCAAAGCCCUCCUCGCCCUCGCCCUCUCCCUCCCCCUCGCCGCCACCGCCCUCAAAGCCUCCUUCACCGAAUACGGUGCUGGCGACUCCAUGGGCUCCCCUAACUGCGCCACCUCCAUCAAUGCCUGCGGCGAGCCCGGAGGCGGCUACACCGCCGCGCUGAGCCAAUCUCAAUUCGGCGCUGGCCCCGGCGACGGCGCGGGUCCUGCAUGUGGGACCUGCUACAAGUUGACUGUGACGACGGAUCUGAGCGGGCAGGCGGUGACGGAGAAUAGUGUUACGGUGCGGGUCAAUAAUCUGUGUCCGACGGAUGGGAAUCCGAUUUGUAGCGUGCCGAAUCAAUAUGGGGCCGAGAUACACUUUGAUUUGUGUAGGGAUUCGGGGGCGACGGCGAAUUUCUUUACGAGUAGUCAGGCAGGAAUUGGGACGGCGGAGCAGGUAAGCUGUUAAAUGGGUGAAGGGGAUGGAGAGGAUAGGAUGAUAUGAGAUUGUAUAUAGCAGGGAAUCUUCGGAAAUAAAAUAAAAUCAGAGCGGAGACUGCCC